UGUAUGCGUGACACCGCAGUGUAAAUCCUCGCCGUCCGCCGAUCCGCGCACCAACAAACCAAAAAUCCGCUGUUUCUGCUGCAGCCAGCGUUCCGUCGUUCGCCGAUUCUCUUCUUCAUUCGAAACGCCUCGUCGCUGUUGUUGGUUGGAUCCACAGCUCCGUUCCGUGUAGUUAGCAGCAGGCUCUACUUGCUCACCUCGAGUCGCGAGACCAAAAAAAGAAAAACCGAUCGCUGGAAGUUGUAGGUAAUUCGCGAGUGAUUUUUGCUGGGAUUUUCUUGAAGAAUAUUGCGUGGUGAAGAAAGUGCCAGUGUCGGAAACGGAAAAUCAAUCGCGAACGGAUUGCGUUUAUCCCGUUUUUUUCUUCGGUUUCGUGGGAUUCGGUGUGAUUUUUUUUUUUUCGUUCCAAGGGAAGGGAGCCUCCCCCGGACGGAGUACAGUGUGUCGUCUUUGGUGAGUUUAUAGUAGAGUGGAAGCAGAGUGCGGUGUAGAAGAAAAAAGAAGCCAAGAGCUGUGUUUGUGUGAUACCUCCUAGCUCCGUAUCGGCUCGCAGAAGAAAAGCCCGAAGAAGAAAGAAACAACCCACCAGAAGAGCGCACCGGGAAGAGAGUGUGUGCGAGUUAGCGCAAAAUAACAAGAAAAGAAAAGUGUUACAGGAAAAAAUAGAUAGCAAACAGAUCACCCAGAAGCGCCUCUGUGUUGUGCCCCUUGCUGCUGCCUCUACUGCUGGCCACUGCCGUUAUUAUUGUUGUUACUGCUGAGCGAACAACCUCAGAGAGUUGCCCCCACACGUGAAAGGCCCGAAAGGCGGCAGAAAUGGAUCUAUUCGAGAAGGGAAGCAUAGUCAACAUCAAACGAAGCGAUGGCCGCGUACACUCUGCGAUGGUGUCCAGGAUCCACGAGGCGUCACGCUCGGUCACCGUCGAGUGGUACGAGCGUGGCGAAACCAAAGGAAAGGAAGUCGAGCUCGAUAUGCUGCUGGAGCUGAACAAACCAGACCACCUGGCGGCUGCAGACAGUGAUGCCACACUAGUGCCACAACUUAGGAAGGAAUACAUUACGCCCGCACCGGCCAACCUUGCUAGGGAAUCGGAAGAAUUGCUGGAAUCGUCACAAUCGUCCGCCGAAGACGAUGGCUUUCUGGAAGAUCAGGAAGACCCGUCGCUGGUGGUACAGCAAAAUAACAACAACAAUAAACACGGUAGCAGUAACGGAACCAGCAAUGGAACCAGCAGCAGUGGAGCAGGGCUUGGCGGGGGAACCAUGCCCAUCAGCCGGUCUACGAAUGCGGCCACCAAAUCGAAUGCUACACAAGGUGCAAUCAGCAGGCUCAACCUAGUGAAUGGAGCCGCACGACCAGCACGAACCUCGCUGGCCCCGAGCAUCAACGGCCAAGAUCAGUCCGAAAACAUUCCCCCACAGAAAGCGAAACAGGCUAAGCCACAACCCCCCACCGGCAGAAUGUCGAUGGCGGCUCAGCCUACCGCCGCGAGUCAGAUCGCGCCUCCGCCAACAACGGCAGCUUCACAGCUCAGCAAGGAUGCCUCCAACCCGCGACGGUCCUAUGUUGUGAAAGAAGUGGAACGAUUGAAGGAGAAUCGCGAAAAACGGCGAGCCAAACAAGCGGUCAUCCGGGAGGAGAAGAAUGCCCUUAUGAACAUGGACCCGGGCAAUCCGAACUGGGAACUGGCAGCGAUGAUCCGUGAAUACCAAAGCCAAAUCGAUUUCCGGCCACUGCUCGACGGUCAAUCGAUCGCCGACAACCAGAUUACGGUGUGCGUGCGCAAACGGCCGCUCAGUCGGAAGGAGGUGAUGCGCAAGGAACUGGACGUCAUUUGCGUGCCCACCAAGGACACCCUGAUCGUACACGAACCGAAAACCAAGGUGGAUUUGACGAAAUUUUUGGAGAACCACAACUUCCGGUUUGAUUACGCGUUCGACGAUACCUGCGGAAACGAGUUGGUUUACAAAUACACAGCAAAACCCCUGGUGCAGACAAUUUUCGAAGGUGGCAUGGCUACCUGCUUCGCCUACGGUCAAACGGGUUCCGGUAAGACACACACCAUGGGUGGCGAUUUCAAUGGCAAGGUUCAGGACUGCAAAAACGGUAUCUACGCGAUGGCUGCCAAGGAUGUGUUUGACUAUCUGUACAGUCCCAAGUAUAAUCACCUGAAUUUGGUGGUGUCGGCCAGCUUCUUCGAGAUCUACAGUGGAAAGGUAUUUGAUCUUCUUUCGGACAAACAGAAACUGCGCGUCCUCGAGGAUGGCAAACAGCAAGUGCAGGUGGUCGGUCUUACGGAAAAGGUGGUGGACUCAGUUGAAGAAGUCCUAGGAAUUAUCAAUCACGGCAACAGCACCCGCACAUCCGGUCAAACUUCAGCCAACGCAAACUCUUCUCGAUCACAUGCCGUGUUCCAACUGGUGGUCCGGCCUAAAGGAUCCACCAAAAUUCAUGGCAAGUUUUCGUUCAUCGAUCUAGCGGGUAACGAACGAGGUGCGGACACAUCCUCAGCCAACAGGCAAACCCGAAUGGAAGGUGCCGAGAUCAACAAGUCGCUGCUAGCCCUGAAGGAAUGCAUUAGAGCGCUGGGAAAACAGAAUGCCCAUUUGCCAUUCCGCGUCAGUAAGCUCACCCAGGUCCUGAGGGAUUCCUUCAUUGGCGAGAAGAGCAAAACCUGCAUGAUUGCAAUGAUUUCACCGGGACUGAGUUCGUGCGAGCACACGCUGAACACGCUGCGGUACGCCAAUCGCGUCAAGGAACUAGUGGCCAUUGACCCGUCCGAGCGGACGGACGACGUCGAACCGAUGGAGAGCGAUGAACCCAAAAACGGUAUGUCGGAGAACGAUUUGGCUCAGCUGCGCUCGUUGAAUGAACACGACAUGUCGGUGGAAUUGUACAACCAGCAUGCGGCUAUUUCGGAUCUGCAGCAAACCGAGGAGGAGGUUGCCGACCAUCACCAGAAAGUCAACGAAUUCCUCAUGAAGUUCUUGCCGGAAUCGAGAGAGCUCUACAAACUGAUGAACUACGUAGACUACGAUCAAGACGCUUACUGCAAACGUGGUGAAGAGCUGUUCACUCAACUGGCGGAGAUUGCGACGACCUGCAGAGACCUGAUGUCCGAGUUCCGGACGAAACUGGCCAAGGAGGAAAUGCUGUCGCACAAGAUCAAACCGGGCCGAAAAUACAACUAAGCACCUGCUCCUUAUCUGUCUCUCUCUGUUAGUUCAAGCGUAAACGAAAUGAAGUUGAUACCUUGGUAAGAUCGAGUGAAGCAUGAGUGAAUGCGCGCGCGCGUAAAAAAGAAACGAGAGGUGAUAUGCUGAUGCUGUACGCUUGCUGGACCAGCGACGGCCAGUAGCGGGAAGUAGCAGGAGGGAAGCUGUGCUGUCCAGUCGUGCCCUUCCACACUACACUGGCUAACGGCGUUAGUCCUUCAUUUGUGCACGACUGAUUGUAGUAGUUUUUAUCUCUGAUAACGAAUGAACACACAAACACACGCAAAUGCUGUAAAAUCACCCGAACGACAAAAACCUACACGACCAGUCGAUAGGAAACCAGCUUUCAAAGGUGCAGGACGGAGGAUAUUUGUGGAGAUGCUUGUUAUUUAUUUAUUUACCACCAUUUUAAAACUCAUUCUACUUAACGCUAAAAAUAAAAACAGGAUGAACACACUCCUUCGCAAACUGAUGAUUCCAAAUUAUGCUGCAAUAGAUCAGCUGCCGAAGAUAUUACCGAGAAAUAAACUAAAUACUGACUAUUUUCCAAUAGAUGAGAUAAUAACCCUUUCAUAUUAACUGUAAACAGAACAAACAAAUAGAACGUUAAUCACACGAAAAACAACAAUUCCUAACGAAGAAGAGUAACUGUAACAUACAUUCUGUUGCUGGAUGAACACGCUUAUCCUUCCCCUGCUUGGCAUUUUGGUACAAGUUCAUUCCUCGAAUGAGAGUAAAAAAAGAGUAGGCACAUUAGUGUUGGAAAUUUGUUGAAAAGUGUUUGUAGACAGACGACGAAACGACCAAUAUUAAAUUGUUAAGUAUAAAGAAGAAACGAUUAUUCUCUAUCUCUCUAUCUUUUAACAUACUGAAAGCAAACCCAGGAAAGCAUGCCCUCGAUGAUUUUGUUGUUUCUAGCUGUGUAGACACUUUAUUUGGUCGUUUAUCCACGCCACAGAAUUCAAAAACCUUUCCGGAAUUUAAGGCUUGAGAUUUUUUCUAUCAAAUAUGGUUGAGCCCAAAGACCUAUCUGAUUUGAGUGGGACAGACGCAAAAGGCCGAAUCACAUAAGGUCAAAUAUAAAAAUGUCGGCCUUUUGAGAAUAAUAACAUUCUAUAUUUCGGCCUUUUAAACUUCAGUCUAUUGGAAUCCUACUUUUUGAGGUACGGCCGAAUUGUACAAAACUUUGAUCGCAAAGAGAGCUCAUCGAAACACUGGUCCAAACUGUUUGAUGAAAAAAUCUCGCUCGAUUUUAUCAGUACACAACUAAGAGCAAUGCAUGAAUUCUGCUUCGUAGAAAACAUUUAACUAAACCUUUGCCUAUCGCCAGUCAACAAAAACUAAUGGUGAAUGGUCAGAAGAAUCUUGAACAGUGCUAAGACUGCGGUAGCUCGGAGCUGAGCUCACCGAAAGACUGUACAGAAGUGAGAGAUUCUCAUAGAAGUUGCAAUUCUUCGAAGACAACGGACGCAAGUGUAUCGUAUUGCCCCUGCUCUAAAUAUAUCCUAGGUAUUAGCGAAAGGUAUGUUGAUAAAGGAUGCGUGGAUGUAACAAAUGUAGAUAGGAAACGGCUUACUAUGAUGAAAUACAAAAGGCAGAAAAGACGAAACGAAGGCAAACACACACACACACAAACACACACAUAUUAUUACUAUUUAGAGAAACAAACGCAACUGAUACAAACUAUAAAAGAUUAACAAUUUACACAAGUAUAAGGAGUAUUUUGCGAGUGUGAUCAAACUAGAACGAAGCAACAACAACAAAAGUGUAUUUGUCUACUUGAAGUCAAAAAACGAAGCAGAAGAAGACAUAACCCAGUCAAAAAGAAAAAGGAGAAAAGCAAAAAAAGCUAUUUAUCAAAAAACGUUAGUUAAGUUUGUAGUACUUUCAAAUCUCUCUUAUUUCCCCCUCUUAAUCGAAUCGAAUAUAAGUUUUUUUUUAAUUAUGAUUUUGUCAUUUGUGAGAGCUUCAAAACUUUGUAUUAUUGCAAACUCACACCCACACACACACACGUCGAAACUAUCGGCGGUUCAAGUGAAAAGUCACGGAAAAGUGAAGUGCAUUGAGUGCACGAGCGCAAGUAGAAUGCAAAACAGUCGAGAGAGAAGCAAACAACAACGGGCGUUUCGAAGCUGUUUUAAUGUAUAUGAUUUGAAUGGUAACAACUAUCGAAUUAACCUUGUUUUUUUUUCUUUUAAUGCGAUUCAAACGAAGUUUCUUUUAUACUCAUCUCAGAAUGAUAACAAUCAAAAUUAACGCUGAAAACCGAAACAA